AAAUUGCUAGCUACAAGUAAAUCAAAGUAUAAAUUAUAAAGUAAUAUUUUUUUAAUYCUCAUUAUUUAUUAAAUACAUUUGAUUAACGWUAUAGUAMAAUAAAGACUUAUUAAAAUGGCAUUACACGUUCCAAAAGCUCCGGGUUUUGCUCAAAUGUUAAAGGAUGGUGCUAUGCAUCUUUCCGGUCUCGAAGAAGCAGUUUACCGAAACAUAAGUGCCUGUAAACAAUUCUCUGACACUGUUAAAACUGCAUUUGGCCCAAAUGGAAUGAACAAAAUAGUCAUAAAUCAUAUUGACAAGAUUUUCAUCACUAACGAUGCUGCCACAAUCGUGAAGGAGCUCGAUAUUGAACACCCAGCUGCUAAAAUUAUUGUAUUCGCGUCUGAAAUGCAAGAACAAGAAGUAGGUGAUGGAACCAACUUUGUUAUCAUUUUUGCUGGAGCAUUGUUAGAACAAGCUGAACACUUAUUGAAAAUGGGAUUAACUCCAGUUGAAGUGUGUGAAGGUUUCCAAUUAGCUCUUGAUAAAACUCUUGAGUUACUGCCUACCUUGACUUGUCAUGAAAUUAAAGACAUCAAGAAUAAUGCUGAACAAUUAGUUAUAACACAAGCUGUAAAAUCAUCGAUUAUGAGUAAACAGUAUGGCCAAGAACAAUUUAUCACAGAUCUAGUGUUAAAAGCUUGCACUUCUAUUCUGCCAGAAAAGACAACUUUCAAUGUUGACAAUGUUAGAGUGUGCAAAAUUUUGGGAUCAAAUUUAUUCAAUUCUACUGUUGUUAACGGUAUGGUAUUCAAACGUACAAAUGAAGGUGAUAUUACUAAACAGACUGACGCUAAAAUUGCUGUAUAUACAUGUCCCAUUGACAUUACUACAACUGAGACAAAAGGAACAGUUUUAAUCAAAUCCGCUGAUGAAUUGCAAAACUUCAGCCGUGGUGAAGAAAUGGUGCUUGAAGAACAAAUCAAAGCAAUUGCUGAUGCAGGUGUCACUGUAAUUGUUGCUGGUGGUAAAUUUGGAGACAUGGCUUUACAUUAUUUAAACAAAUACAAAAUUAUGGGUGUACGAUUAAUGAGCAAAUUUGACUUAAGGCGAUUGUGCAAAUCGGUUUCAGCUACUGCUUUACCCAGACUUACCCCUCCAAACAAAGAAGAACUUGGAUAUGCUGACUGUGUAUAUGUAGAUGAACUUGGAGACACUUCGUUAGUAGUAUUCCGUUUGGAUGGUAAAGACUCUCGUAUGUCAACAAUUGUUGUACGUGGAGCCACUGAUAACUUCAUGGAUGACAUAGAAAGAGCAAUUGAUGAUGGUGUUAAUACCUUCAAAGGAAUUUCCAGAGAUGGAAAAUUAUUACCUGGUGCUGGAGCCAUAGAAAUGGAACUUGCUUACCAAGUUGGCUUAUAUGCUGAUACACUGCCCGGAUUAGAACAAUAUGGUGCCAAAAGGUUUGCAGUUGCUCUUGAAGGUUUUGUUAAAAUUUUAGCUGAUAACACUGGUGUGAAAUCCAAUGAAACUCUUGCUGAACUUUAUUCGCAACAUAGCAAGGGAAAUAAAAAUGCUGGUUUUAAUAUUGAAGCUAAAGGAUCAUCAUUAAUAGAUGUCACCAAAGCUGGCAUUUUUGAUUCUUACUUGUCUAAGUUUUGGGGCUUGCAGUAUGCCACACAAGCUGCAUGCACAAUACUAAAAGUUGAUCAGAUUAUAAUGGCUAAACGAGCUGGCGGUCCAAAAGCACCUGGUGGACGUGCACCUGAUAAUGAUGAUGAUGCAUAAUUUUUUGUUGUACACACUUGGUAUCUUUUUUUUACCCACUAAUUCAAGUUACUAACUCUUAAUAAUAAUACUAAGUAUUUUUUUUACUUGUAAU